CCGGGCUGGGAGCUGAUCACCCCAGUCGGCGCACCUCUGGAUGUUGUCGUGGACAGCGCCGAAACAACCGAGGAAGGAGGAUCCACCUGAUGACGGGAUCAUCACGCAUCUAUACCACCAAGAUGUUUACAGAUAUUGGAAACAGGGGCAGAUCACUCUAAUUUUGGAAAUUUCAACGUGAUCAAUUUUGGUCAGAGAAUAAAGAAAAAUUGAAAUGGCAGAGGAAGAAGAGAAAGGAUACAGAUGGGAAACAGAAUAUGAACGCACUUGGGAAGCAAUUCAAGAAGAUGAAAAAGGGUCGCUUCAGGCCAGUGUUGAUGAUAUCAUCAGCAAAGCUAAGAAGAGAAAACUCUUGGAGAAAAUCAAGAAUGUUCGGCUUGGUAUGAUGAGGCACUUAUUCCUGAUUAUUGACAUGUCAGAAGCUAUGAGCGACCAGGAUCUGAAACCCACUCGUCUACUUUCAACACUGAAACUUUUGGAAUACUUUGUUGAAGAGUAUUUUGAUCAAAACCCUAUAAGUCAACUUGGUAUCAUCAUUACAAAGAACAAAAGGGCAGAGAAAGUCUCUGAGCUUGGAGGCAACCCUAGGAGACAUAUUACAACUUUACAGAGUCUUGCUGAUAAAGUGUGUCAUGGUGAACCGUCUCUACAGAAUUCAUUAGAACUUGCCCACCAAACUCUCAGGCACAUGCCAGGGCAUGCCAGUAGAGAAGUUUUAGUUGUUAUGGGCAGUUUGACAACUUGUGACCCAGAUAACAUCAUCAGCACCAUCUCUAUGCUGAGGGAUGGUAAUGUCAGAUGCUCUGUCAUUGGUCUAGCAGCUGAAGUCUGUGUCUGUAAAAAGCUUUGUAAAGAAACACAUGGUAGCUACAGUGUUAUAUUGGAUGAAUGCCACUUCAAAGAUCUCCUCACUCAACACGUCACCCCACCACCCGCCACUGCUAGUACAGAAUCUUCACUCAUUAGAAUGGGUUUUCCUCAUCAUCAGCUGAGUGCAGACAAGGAGGAGAGACCAUCCAUGUGUAUGUGUCACCUGGACAGUAAAAACAGCCAGGGGUUCAGUAGUACAGGCUACUUCUGUCCCCAGUGUAAGAGUAAAUACUGCGAGCUGCCCAUCGAGUGCAAGGCCUGCGGCCUGACUCUGGUAUCAGCCCCUCAUCUUGCUCGUUCUUAUCAUCACCUCUUCCCACUGGAUCAGUUCCGGGAAAUACCUACAGCUCAAGUAGGAUCCAAUGUAUUAUGUUUUUCUUGUCAAACAGCUGUUCAAGAACUCAAUGUAUACAUAUGUGACAACUGUGAGCAGAUUUUUUGUUUGGACUGUGAUCUCUUUAUACACGAGACUUUACACUCCUGUCCGGGGUGUGCUAGCUCACGACAGACUCAACAGUCAGCCAAGAUGGCUGGCUUCUCUUGACACAGUAAUAAAAGUAAUAACAACAACA